AUGGAUAUCGACGACAUUCUCGCCUCCGUCGACCGCGGCCCCGGCGCAAGCCCGGAAUCCGCCGCCCUCGACCACCAACAAUUAACGCGCUUCUGGGUCGCCGAACGCGCCGUCUCGGAGGUUCUACCCUGGCCGGCGCCAUUAAUGGAGCGAAUGAUGGAUCGCGUGCGGAUUCAGAUCGAAACAAUCGAAGACCUCGCCGCAUCAUCCGCAGACACAGACAUGUCCAACACAUCACACACUCACGCACAAACACACAACCCCAAUCUGAACCUCCGCCUCUCAGUCCUCCAAACAGACCUCGCCAGAACCCAAUACAUAAUCCGCUCUCUUCUACGCGCACGCCUCGCAAAGCUCACAAAACACAGCAUGCACUACCUCGUGCAACUAGCCUCUCGAAACAAAAACCCCCUCUCAACAUCCUCACAAUCCCAAUCCCAAACACAAUCUUCCGCCGGUCCAAACACAACACCCGAAGACUCCAUCCCGGACAUCUCAUCGCUCAUAGAUACAUCACCGCUCUCCGGACCGGAAACCUCCUUCGUCCACGCGCACCAGACACUACUGGCCGGACACUAUGGGGGCUCGUUUUUGGGCGCGUUUCCGCGACAAUUGAGAAGGUUGGAUGAUAAUGCUGGUGGGACGAGUAUGGUGCAGGGGCCGGAGAUCAAGGAGGUUUGUUUUGUUAGGUGUCUUGGGGCGGAGGUGCCUGUUUUGUUGGAUGGGGAGGAUGGAGUUGAGGAGAUUGGUGUUAGGAUGCGGAUGGGGGAUGUUUGGGUUGUUAGGUGGGAGGGGGUUAGGAGGGCUUGGGAGAGGGGGGAGGUGGAGUUGUUGUGA